UUGUUAAGUAAGCAACGCCCCCCAAUAAGUUAGACAUGUAUGAUCACGCAUGGCUGAGCGGCGUGGUCAUCGAGGCGUGCUAAUAUAAACAAGUGAACUCGCUGCGUUGGUCAUAACAGACGAAUUUUCAGCGGUGUCGAGGUGUUAUUUUUUGGAUCGCUCGUGGAAGUGUCCAUUUUCCCAGAGCCGUAGAUACUGAAAUAAUUUUUCACUUAAGCAAUGGCCACCGAUGUUAUGAGAAUGGAUCCGGCAGCAACCGAUGCCGAUUGCGAGACAUCGGGAACUGAAACGCAUUUCGCCGGGAAUCAUCGCCCCGUUUCCAGCGACCCGGCUACUGAUAUUGCCGAUGUUGGUAAUGCGAAGAAAAAUCAUCACCAUAGACGGAAGCCAUCUAAGAAACGACGGAAAUGGAAACCAUAUUCUAAGAUGACAUGGGAAGAAAAACGUGAAGCAGAAGAGAGAGAACAAGUAAGAGCUGAUCGCAUGAGAGGAGAAAUGAUUAAACGAGGGCGUCCAGUGGCUCCGUAUAAUACAACUCAGUUUAUAAUGGCUGAACAUGACAAUUAUGAAGCAGACGAUGAUUAUUAUGACAAUUACAAUAACCGGAAUCAAAAUGUGGAUUCAUCUGAAAAUGCAGAUGGUGGAGUAUCCUCUACAUCAGGAGCUCAUUCAAUGGUGAAUCACGUUGGCUCACCUGCAGUGGAAACAGAUUAUACAGACUCACCACACAUGGCGCCAGAGUUCAUAUCUCAGGAUUUUUCGGAAACAUAUGAAAGAGUGCAAGAAGAAAACUUAUCCAUCAUGUCAAGAAAUGAUUUGGUUCAAGAGCAUAUUAAUUUGGAACGCAAUCUCAGUUACUUACAGGAUAGACUGGCUGAGGAGAAAACUAUCACAAACUCAUAUUCAAUAAAAAUGCAGACUGUACAAGAACAACUGGAAGCUUUACAACAAGAGAAUGAACGAUUGGUUAAAGAAAAUGUAAGGUUACGUUUUGGUGACGAGGGAGUUGACACGUUACGCACGAGCGAUUAUGAAUAUGAAGCUCCGAACAGCGACCAAUCAGAUGAUGAAAGCAAAAUAUCAAUGUCAGUGAAUGGUGGAAUCCAACCACCCAACGGAGCUACAGAGCUUUUUUCAUUGCCACCAAAAGAGGCAGCACAGAGUAGUGUGGAAUCGAUGGUUGUUUCAUCACAAUCACAGUUGUCACAUGGUGCAAGAAACGAAGAUUACGAGGCUGAUGUCGCUUCAUCUGAGGAGAAAGAAGUGAGAGAACGUCGUAAAAGAAGUCGGAACCAGAGAGAGAAAGAUCGAGUGAGUAAAGAGAGAAGAAUCAGUAAAGAUGGGACGAGUGACGAAGAAGAGAAGAUGAAUCAAAAGAUGUUGCGAUCUUUCAACGAUGUAGAAGGACACUCACCCAACGGAGAAGAAAACAAUGAUAAAACUGACGAGCGUUCGAAACGCAGUGAAAAUAACGGCGUGAAUUUCAAAGCGAAGAAAUUAAGGAAAUCAGACUCGUGUUUCAUGGAAGUUGAGCAAUGGGAGGAAAAGCGACCCUCGACGGCGAGCAUGGAGUCUCUCACAUCAUGUUCCAACACAACAAAUUAACUCCUUUUCAUUUUUACGGCAAAAUGUUUUCGCCUUUUUUUCUGCCAGCUCCACAGAGGUAUCUACGCUUGUUUAAAUGGAAAAGUCCAUGUUAAGUGCAGAAGUUUCUUAUUUUUAUGUUUCAUGCGCUGUACAUACACUCCCACACACUUUUAUACUGAGACAGCUGACACACAUCAAGCAAAAAUUUUUACAAACAGUACAAUUAGUGGUCAUCAAAACAGCGAAUUUAACCAUCAUAAAACCAUUUUAAAUUGCUAAAAGUUUUACAUGACGUUUUUGUCAUAGUAACCAUAUAUAGAUCUGCAAUUAAGCUGUUUUUCUCCAG